AUGGAGCAGCAGCAGCAACAACAGCAGCAGCUGCAGCAGCAGCAGCUGCAGCAGCAGCUGCUGCAGCAGCAGCGGCAGCAGCAACAGCAGCAGCAGCAGCAACUGCAGCAGCAGCAGCAGCAACUGCAGCAGCAGCAGCAGCAAGCACAUGCAGGGCAGCAGCAAGGCGAGUUCGAGCCGAAGAGUCUCCGGGAAAAUGAACAGCGCCAGUUCCCCAUGCAGCAGGAGGAGCAAGAGCAGCAGCAGCAGCAGCAGCAGCAGCAGCGACAUCAGCAGCAGCAGCAACAGCAACAUCCGCAGCAGCAGCAGCAGCAUAUUCCGGCAGCACGGCUCUCUGUAGGCUCAGCUGCAGGAGCGGACGCAGCAGUUGCUGCUGAGCAAAGCCCUGGGUUCCCCCAAAGCAGCAGCAGCAGCAGCAGCAGCAGCGACCGCAGCAGCAGCAGCAGCAGCAGGAGAGCUGCAAGUAAAGGAGGAGACCAGAGCCAGGAGGCCCGCAGCAGCAGCAGCAGCAGCAGCAGCAGCGGCUACAGCAGCUGUUGGGAAGGCAGCAGCAGCAGCUCCGAAGACGAGUCUCUGCCGGGCCUUUCGCUGCUGCCUGUUCGCUCCCCCGCGGGCUUAUGCACUUUGCGUUUUGCUGCUGCUGCUGUGCCUCUGCACGAGACGCUGCGGCGCCUCAUGAAGCAGCAGCAGCAGCAGCAGCAGCAGCAGCAGCAGCAGCAGAUGUCGCUGCUGCAGCCGCUGUCUGCUGCUGCGCUGCAGCAAAUUGCAGCUCUCAUGGCAACUCAGCCUGCCCUUGCAGAUGUCCUUGCUCAAGCGUUGGGGGCUUUCCCACAGGGGGCGUGGGUCAGCAGCAGCAGCAGCAGCAGCAGCAGCAGCAGCAGCAGCAGCAGCAACAGCAGCAACAGCAGCAGCAGCAACAGCAGCAAGCGUGAUGCAGCUGAGGGGCUGUGGCAGCCCAGGGACAAGCAGCAUGAGAUGAAAACUGCAGCAGCAGGAGCAGCAGAAGAUGCUUCUCCGGAGCUGCUGCUGCUGCUGCCGCUUUCCACUGCACGGUGGGGACUCAGCAGCAGCAGCAACAGCAGCAGCGGCAAACAGCAGCAAGCAGCUCGCCGUCUUCUGGCCUCAUUGCGAGGCAGCAACGAGACAAAGCACCUAUCUGUGGCCGUUACUGCUGCUGCUGCUGCUGCUGCUGCUGCAGCGACGCCCGCUGCAAGUGCCGCAGCAGCAGCAGCAGCAGCAGCAGCGGCGGCAAGCAGCAGUGCGAACAGCAGCAACAGCAACAGAGUCAUGGUGAAUGCAGCAGCAGCCGAGCCCGCAGCGAGAGCAGCAGCAGUCACCUCACCUUCAGCAGCAGCAGCAGCAGCAGCAGCAGGUGCUGCUGCUGCUGCAGCAAGACAUCAGCAGCAGAAGCCACGGGAAGAUGAAACCUAUCUCUCGCUGCUGUUUAGCUCUCUCGUGCUGCGGCUGCAGCAGCUAAGAGUUGCUGUUGCUGCAGAGACUUUGCUGCAGCCGCCUGCAGCAGAUGGCAGCAACGAGCUGUACGUACACCUCAAACUCCUGGACCCCACAAAGACUCUGCUGCCACUUGUGCCUUCUCUGCAGCAGCAGCUGGAGGCGCCAGCAGCAGAGGGAACAGCAGCAGCAGCAGCAGCAGCAGCCGCCGCAGCAGCAGCAGCAGCAAGGCCUGCUUCUGCUGCAGUCUAUAGGCAACAAGCGCUGCGAGCUGGCAGCAUCAAUUUGUUUCGUUUGUUUGUCCUUAUAAUCGCCUGGGUGGAAGGGGCUCCACGCUCUGUUGCUGCUGCUGCUGCUGCUGCUGCUGCUGCUGCUGCUGCUGAGGGGUCUGGGUCUUCAGCAUUUGCUGCAGCAGACGCAGCAGGACGGGCAGCAGCCCAGGAUGCAGCAAAACACGCCAAGCAGCAAAAUGCGCCGCUGCAGCAGCAGCUGGCGAUUCUCGUGCGCACAGCACUGGGGAGCUCUGCUUCGGCUGCUGCUGCUGCUCCUGCUGCUGCUGCUGCUGCUGCUGCUGCUGCCAAAGCAGUCAGCAACACCGGUUCUGCAGAAGACAGCAGCAAGGCAGCAGGAGAAACAGGCGAGGCAGCAGCAGCAGCAGCCGCUGCUGCUACUGCUGCUGAUGGAGGCCGCCCGAAGAAACAGCAGCAGCGCGUGCAAGAGGAAGAACAGCAGCAGCAGCAGCAGCAGCAGCAACUGCAGCAGCAGCUCUACUCGCUGCAGUCGUUGGGCUGGGUGGACCUUGCAGCAGCAGAAGACGUCGUGAGGGAAAUAUUUGCUGCUUUUGGUGCUGCUGCGCUGCAAGAGAACAGGGAGAGGCAGCAGACAAGUGCUGCUGCUGCGGCAGCUGCUGCUGCUGCAGCUGCUGCUGUGAGACUACCAUCGCCAGCCGCUAAAUCGCGUACAGCUGGCGACAGCGCUGCUGCUGCUGCUGUAAGGGGCAGCAGCAGCAGCAGCAGCAGCAGCAGCAGCAAUGCGUCCGUCCUUGUUUCUCGCUUUUUCCCGCCUUUUUUGAGCCAGCUUGCUCCUCCUGCUGCAGCAGCAGCGCAGCAGCAGCAACAGCAACAGCAGCAGGAGCACCAGCAGCAUCUGCGGGGUCGGCUAAGGCCACCCGAUUCGCCAUCCGCCGCAGCAGCAGCAGCUGCAGCAAACGGAUCGCCGGGGGCUCUUUCUGUUGGCAUGCAUGACACGAGAAAGGAAGAUGGCAGCAGCAGCAGCAGCAGCAACUACAGCAGCAGCAGCAGCAGCAGCAGCAGAGGUCACCCCUCUGGUGCUUCGUGGGGUUCAACGUCGGGAGGAGAAGAACUCGAGUGGAGGCCUAGAGCCUUGCGCCUAUACAUUUAUGAAGCGCUGCUGGCCCACGAGCCGCUGCUGCACAUCCCUAUCACCACGCCGCCUGCAGACAGCAGCAGCAGCUGCAGCAGCAGCAGCAGCAGCAGCAGCAGCGGCAUCAAGGUGCUGCAGUACAUUGCCUUGCAGCUCUUCUGUCACUUGGAUGACUGCUGGCUGCGAAUGAGGGCAGCAGGCAGCGCUAUGCCGCUGCCGCUGCUGUCUCUUGCUGCAGUCCCAAGGCACACAAGCAGCACAAGCAGCAGCAGCAACAGCAGCAGCAGCAGCAGCAACAACAACAACGCAGGGCCUCUUCCUGCUAUUCGCGUGUCUGCUUCUUUGCCCAGUUCCAGUGCUGCAACUGAUGCUGCUGCUGCUGGUGACACAUUUGUUUACCCGUCUGCUGCAGUGGCGCCUACAGCAGCAGCAGCAGCAGCAGCAGCAACACCAGCAGCAACAGCAGCAGCAGCUGAGCGCGCAACAGGCGCAGAAGCAGGAGAUCGGGAGCCGCGUCAAACACAGGCGGCCAUGGCAGCGGCUGCAGCAGCAGCACCGCGAGCAAAAGCAGUAGCAGCAGCAGCACAACCAAGCUCAAAGGCCGAAGCAGCAGCAGCAGAAGCAAAAGCAGCAGCAGCAGCAGCAGCAGCAGAUGAGGCGCUGCUGAGCAAAGCCCUGGGCCUGGACUCCCGCGGGGCCUUUUGGUCAGAUUACUUUCAGUUUUUGCUGGCAGCAAAAGAGCACUGUCUUCUUUUGCCGCUCAAAGCAGCACUGGCCUUUGUCUUGGCCAGGGAUGUCUCAGCAGCGUCUCAGGUGCUGCUGCCGUUUCCGCAGCUGCGGCCUGCUGUGCUGCUGCUGUCUUGGGAUGCAUUUGAGGGGCAAAUGGGGAGAAGGCAGCAGCUGCUGGACCUGCUGUGCUGCUGCCACGUUGCUGCUAAAGCUGCUGCAGCAGAAACUCCUGCAGCUGUUGCUGCUGCUGAGAGACAGACGCUGCUGUGCCUGGCACACGCCUGUGCCCACACAGGAGCAGCAGCAGCAGCAGCAGCAGCAGCAACAGACCCAGCAGCAGCGCAGCAGCAGCCGCUUCUUCGCUACGCAUGCGACCCUAACAUGCAGCAGCACAUCGAGGUGCUGCGGAGCCGAAUGGCAGCCGCUUGGUGGAUCGCCGAUCUGCUGCUAGAGCUUCAUGUAGCCCUGCAGCAGCAGCAGCAGCAGCAACAGCAGCAGCAGAAUAAGCAAAGCCAGCGGCAGCAACGACGGCAGCAGAGGCUGCAGCAUCGGGGAGGAAGGGAAGCAGCUGCUACACUGGCCUGGCCCCAGGACAGCAGCAGCAGCAGCAGCAGCAGCAGCAGCAGGGGAAACGAAGCUGCUGCUGCGAUUCCAGCAGAAGCAGCAAAGAGCCUGCUGCUAUAUCCGGAGGCCGUAGAGGCACUUGCUGCAGCAGCUAGCCAGCGCUGCGUUGCAGCAGCAACUGCUGCAGUGCGGCUGCAGCAGCUGUUUGGCACCUCCGAUGCAGCAGCUGCUGCAGACGAAGCGUCUGCUGAGCAGGAGGCAGCAGCAGCUGCUGCUGCUGCUGCAUCUUGUGUCCGCGCUGCUGCUGCCGCCAUCGGCGGCAGCAGCGCAGCAGCAGCAGCUGCUGCCUUUGCUGCCUUGCGGGAAGCCCUUGCUGCUGACAUUUACGAAGCAACAGCAACCCAGUCCCUCCUCUUGUCGCUCUCUCGGCGGGCGCCGCUAUCUCUGAUGCAAGAACAAACCUUCCUUGAAGGACUUGCUGCGCUGCCGCUGACGAGCCGCAGCAGCUACGAGGAGGAGCGGCAGCACGACACAGAUGUUGCUGCUGCUUACUUUGCCCUGAGAGCAGCACUGCGGCUUAUUGAGGCCUGCAGCAGCAGCAGCAGCAGCAGCAGCAGCAGCGGCAGCAGCAGCAGCACUUCUGCGGCGGCGGCACAGCGGCAGGCGGAGGGGGCUGCGGCUGGAGCUGACGGCCUGGGGGUCUACCCGCAGCAGCAAGCAGCAGCUACUGCAGCAGCAGCAGCAGCAGCAGCGGAGCUGCAGCCGCUACUGCAGCAAACCGUUUGCUGCUUAGAGAGGCUCAUCGCACGUGUGCGAAGGCCCCCCUACCGUCUGUGGCUGCUGCUGCGGCUCGCGCCACUGCUGUUUGCUUCCACUGCUGCAGUGCAGCAGCAGCAGCAGCAGCAGCAGCAGCAGGACAGAAACACGAGCGACAGCACUUGCAGCAGCAACUGCAGCACCAACAGCAGCAGCAGCAACAAAAACGGAGCCUUUGUGGUCCCGCCAUCCGUGCUUAUAUCCCUGGCACUUCUCAUCCAGAGGCACCUAGAAGCCCUAAGAGGUGCAGAGGGCCUCGGAAAGGUUGGCCGCAUCCUUCUGGAAGCUGCAGCACACUUUUUCGAGCAGCAGCAGCAGCAGCAGCAGCAGCAGGACAGAAACACGAGCGACAGCACUUGCAGCAGCAACUGCAGCACCAACAGCAGCAGCAGCAACAAAAACGGAGCCUUUGUGGUCCCGCCAUCCGUGCUUAUAUCCCUGGCACUUCUCAUCCAGAGGCACCUAGAAGCCCUAAGAGGUGCAGAGGGCCUCGGAAAGGUUGGCCGCAUCCUUCUGGAAGCUGCAGCACACUUUUUCGAGGAGGCUAUUUGGCGAUGCCGUUUGCUGCUGAGCCAGUUCUUUGCUGCAAUGCCUCUUGCCUCAAUUUGCAUAGCUGGAGGAUCAGCAACAACAGCAGCAGCAGCAGCAGCAGCUGCUGCUGCUGCUGCUGCUGUUGAAGACUCGGCCACCGCCGCUUGCGUCACGGCGCAGCAGCAGCAAGACAGAGAGUGGCAGCAGCAGCUGCGCUGGAUUGGGGUGUUCUCAGUGAGCAGCAGCAACAGCAGCAGCAGCAGCAGCAGCAGCAGAAGCAGCAAAGAAGUCAUUGCAGGAAUAUCCAACAUGAGCAGCAGCAGCCCAGACAGCGAAGAAGCCCCUGCUAGCAUUUCAAGCAGCAGCAGAAGCAGCAGCGAAGGAGCCCCCGCCGGCAUUUCAAACAGCAGCAGCAGCAGCAGCAGCAGCAGCAGCAGCAGCAGCAGCAGCAGCAAGCACCACUUGGCCUCCCACAUGACCCCCUUCGCCUCGCUGCUGUCGCUGGAAGCAGAUCCUUUCGCCCGCCGUUUGCUGCAGCAGCCUGCUGUUUUCCUGGCCCGGGCGCUGCAGCAAAAUGACGUAAAGACCACCGCGUCAGCAUUUGCUGCUGCUGCUGCUAAUGCUGUUGCUGCUGUUGUUGUUGCUGCUGUUGUUGUUGUUGCUGCUGCUGUUGUUGCUGCUGCUAGCCCUGCUGCUGCUGCUCUUGCCGCCCCUGAUGCCGUUGCUGCUGUCGCUGCCCCUUCUGCCGCUGCUGAUGCUGCUACUCCCGCCGCUGCUGCUGCAUUUGCUGCUGUUGCAUUUGCUGCUGCUGCAUUUGCUGCUGCUGCUCUUUCCAUCUCUGCUUCUGCUGCUGCUCUCUCUGCUCCUGUUUUUGCUGCUGCUGCCAUUGCUUCCCCUGCUUUCGCUGCUGCUGCUUGUGCUGCCACUGCGUUUGCUGCUGCUGAGCGCGCUACUGUUGCAUUUGCUGCUGCUGCUGCUGUUGCCGCGCUCACCGCAAACUGCAUUUCUGCUGCUGCUGCUGCUGCUGCUGCAUUUUUCAGGGAGCUGCUGCAGCGUUUUGAGCUGCCGGGACACCUGAAGAUCAGCGCUGAGAUCUCAGAAGCAUUUGCUGCCUUGAGAGAUGCUCUGAGCUGCCUCCCUGCUGCUGCUGAGGCCGACGCUGCUGCUGCUGCUGCUGCUGCUGUUUCCUCUCGCCUGGAGAUGUGCCUUGAAGCAUUCGACAAGUCGUGGGAGUCCGUCGAUUCUGUGGUGGUCCCUGCAGCAGCAGCUGCUGCUGCUGGUGCUGCUGCAGAAGCGGCCGCUUCAACAGCUGCAUCAGUAGCAGCAACUUUAGUUCCCGCAGCAGAUGCAGCAGCACUUAGUGAAGAAGCAGAAGCAGCAACAAUAGCAGCAACAGCAGCAACAGCAGCAGCAGCAGUGGAGACAGAACAGGAAUGCAUCUUCCGCAGCUGCCUUACAACUUACUCCGAUGCAGCAACAAAGGCCUCUGUCGCUUUGCUGCGCUGCAGCAAAAGGUUUGCUGCAGUGUUUGCUGCUGUGGAUGCUGCUGUUGCUGCUGCGGCCCCUGCAACUGUCUCGCUGCUGCUGCUUCGCCGCGCUGCAGAGGAACUGCGCAAAAUCUCACAGCAGCAGCAGCAGCAGCAGCAGCAGCUACAUCUAGAAGAUACAUCGGCAGCAGCUCUAGCAACAACAGCAGCAGCAGCAGCAGCAGCAUCAGUAACUGCUGCAGAAACAGCAGCAGCUGCAGCAGCUGUCCAAACUCCAGCGCUGACAACUCUUCUAGCAACGUCUAUAGACCGGCUGGAGGUGCUGAUUGAGGCUCGAGGCAUGCGCACAGUCAGCUUGGCCUCGUUGCUGCUGGAGGUGGAGACGCUGCCAAUUAAGGCGGACCUCCUCAGGACCCAUCUUUCAAGCUUACACCAGCGCAACACCGCCGUGGCUUCCUUGCUGGAGCAGAUGCAGCAGCUUGCUGCUGGCACUCUGCGGCUCUCAACUGCUGCUGAUCUCAGCAGCUUUUUGGAUAAGGCGGUGCAGGUGCUGCGGGGAGAACCGCAGCAGCAGCAGCAGCAGCAGCAGCAGGAGCACCGACUUCAGCAGCAGCAGCAACUGCAGCCGCAGGGUGAAGCACCGCUUCCUGUAUUCACUAGUGGUGAAGAGACUGAGAAGCUUUCAGAGGACCCCCAGCAGCAGCAGCAGCAGCAGCAAGCACUGCAGCAGCAGCAGGAAGGAAGUGAAGGGCAGCAAGGAGAGGGCACAAAGUACUUGCUGGCCCUUGUCUGUUACCUCAAGAGGAUUGUAGAGCUGCAGACAGAAGCCAAACAAAGGCUGCAUGCCAAGCAGCAGCAGCAGCAGCAGCAGCAGCAGCAGCAGCAGCAGCAGCAGCAGCAGCAGCGCAAGGAGGAGGAGGAGCAUCAGCUGUUCAGCUUGCCGUUUGUGUCUCCUGAAGAUUUAAUUUCUGAAGUUCUCUUCAGAUUUGAGGGGCAGCAAGAGGCGCAGCAGCUCGCAGCUUUGCUGCAGGCAGACCUGGUGGAGGUGCUGCUGCAGGCGGCGCUGCCGCUGCACCCGUUGCUUCUCGGUAGGACAAGCAGCAGCAGCAGCAGCAGCAGCAGCAGCAGCAGCAGCAGGUGGCCCCCCCCGUUUCCCUCCUCAGCUCUGGCCCUGCGGAAGGACUUAGUGCUGUUUUUAGGGGCGCUGGAAGAGCAGACCUAUUCACUGCGUCGUGAUGCUGCUGCUGCUUGCAGCAGCAGCAGCAGCAGCAGCAGUAGCAGCAGCAGCAGCAGCUGCUGCAAAGGCAAGGUAUCUCUGCUUGCUGCACUAGCCAUAGCUGAGCGCUGCGUGGAGGUGUGGCCGUCGGGCCCGCUGCUGCUGCUGGCGCAGCAGCAGCUCUGCUGCUGCUGCAGCAGCCUGCGGCUGUGGCUGGCUGAGAGGCACCGCUGCUGGCGAAUCAUACAGGCGACGGGAGCAAUACAAGCAGCAGCAGCAGCAGCAGCAGCAGCAGCAGCAGCAGCAGCAGCAGGGCCUGAAGCACGGGCAUUAGCAGCAGCAACAGACAGCUGGAAGCUGCGGCCUGAGGGCUGGAGGCCUCAUGAACUGUUGGCUUUGCCCUUUGCUGCUAAGAGGUAUCUAGAGGCCGUGGCGGACGACAGCCAAGCAGCACUGGAGCUCUGUUUUGCUGCAGCAGCAAGAGCUUGGGGUGUACGGGGAGAUCUGCAGCGGGCCUUAAGACUGGCAGAUGCGCAGCUGUCUCCAGACACGGAGCUGCAGCAGCUGCUGCUCACCUGCGUCAUCAGGAAGGCACAGCAGCAGCAGCAGCAGCAGCAGCAGCAGCUGGAGGGGCACCAAGCCGAGGGGUCUGCUGCUGCGGUGCUGCAGCCGGACUCUACAGACAUCUCGACAAUACCUGCGUGGCCUCUUGACCGGUCUCUGGGCCUGUGUGCUGCUCAACCUGCAGCAGCAGCAGCAGCAGCAGCAGGGGACCCCGCAGACGAAGCAGCAGUGGCAGCAGCAGCAGCAGAGUGCGACGCAGCAGCUGGCAACGAAGAAGAGCUGUCGCUGCCGCAGUGUGUCUUGCGGCUCAGCAGCGCAGCAGCAGCAACACGUGCUGCUUUGCUGCUGUCUGCUGCUUGGGCAGUGGAGACCUGCAUAGAAACUCUGGCUGUCUGCCAGGCGCGGCUGCAGGAGCAAGCAGCAGCAGCAGCGCAGCAGCAGCAGCAGCAGCAGCAGCAGCAGCAGCGGCAGCCAGCGGACGCAGCUCAGACUGGCAGCAGCAGCAGCAGCAUUGGCUGCCGCUGCCUGCAGCAGCACCCGCUGCUGGCGGCUCUUGAGCAUACGGCAAAGACUGGCACAGCAGCAGCAGCACCAGAAGCAGCAGCAGCAGCAACAGCAGCAGCAGCAGCAGCUCCCGCAGCUGCGGCGACAGCAGCAGCAGGGAGCGGGGACCUGAAUGACGGCGAAGAGCUUGGCUUUGAGACGAAGGCCGAAGAAGCAGCAGCAGAAGCAGCAGCAGCUGCUGCUGUGGCGCUGCGGUGCGUGGCUCAGGAGCAGCAGCAGCUCCGCUGCUGCAGCAGCGGCCCCUGUUUGCUGCUGCUGCUGCAGACCCGCGGGUGUCUGUACACCUGGCGCAGCUACAAAGCAGCAAUGGAAGCAACAAAUGGCACUUGGGAAACUUGGCGAGACAUCCACGCUGACAUGCAGUCGGAGGAAGGCGUACAAAAGGUUGUUCGCACGCUGGCUGCGUGCAAUGGCUAUGCUGCUGCAAGAGCUCUUUUAAAACUCGUCAGUGGGUCUGCCGUGUCGCCAGCUAGCGACCUGUCGGCGGGGCAGCUAGCUAGCCAGCUAGCUAGCCAGCCAGCUAGCCAGCCAGGUAGCCAGCCAGCUAGCCAGCCAGCAGGACGGCUAGCUAGCUCUUACCUGCAGGAGUGGCUAGCUGAGGCGGAGCUGAAGCAGCUGCUGUCGCUUCCCGGCUUCCGAGGUGCAGCAACUCGCCGGCUGCUGGCGCUCAGCAGCAGCAGAAGCACGCGAGUGGCCUUGCGGCUGCUCUCCCUCAGCAGCAGCAGCAGCAGCAGCAGCAGCAGCAGCAGCAGCAGCAAGGUGAUGCUGCAGCUGCAGGGAGGCUUCCCGAAAGUGGCUGGCCGUUUGUACCUGUGCGAGCUGCUGCACCAGCAGGAGCAGCUGUGGGCGCGUCUGACGCAGCAGCAGCAGCAGCAGCUGCAGCAGCUGCUGCCGUCGCUGCACCUGCUGCAGCUCGUGGAGACUGAGGUGGAGAGACACCGCGAGCCGCUGCUGCAGCACCCGCUGCUGCUGCUCGAAAGCCUCAUACUUAAUGCCCGCACGGAGUUGCUGCAGCACUUUUUGCUGCGCUGGCCAGCUUUGCGGGACAAUGGCCUUUUGCUGCGCUACGCGCGCAAGGCCCUGGGGCUUCCUGCUGCUGCUGCUGCUGCUGCUGCAGGCCCUGCUGCUGCUGCUGCAGCAGGAGCUGCUGCUGGCGGCCCGGGAGCCGCAGCAGCAGCAGAGCAACAUCUGUGCGCUAAGACGGACACUGCUGCAGCUGCAGCAGCAGACCCCCCAGCAGCAGCAGCAGCAGCAGCAGCAGCAGCAGCAGCAGCAGCAGCAGCAGCAAAAGGCCUGCCGCCGCCUGGCUGGGGAUUCGGGGGGCGGUGGGUCCUUACAACUGACGAAGACACAAAUGAGCGGAUUCGUGCUGCUCAUGCAUACACCCCAGCUCCUGCUGUUGCUGUUGCGCUGCAGCUGCUGCAGCUGCUGUCUCCUGGCAGCAAAAAGGAGGCCCUCAGCUGUCUCCAAAUCUGCACGGAAGUUGCUUCGCUGCUGCCCCGCGCACUGUACAGACACCCCAUGGCGACUUGCGGGCCCGUUGCUGCUGCUGCUGCAGCAGCAGCCCCAGCAGCUGGUGUUCGUGCUGCUGCUGCUGCAGCAGCAGCAGCGCCUGCAGCAGCAGCAACGACGACGAGCUGCUGCAAAGCCAACUGUGUUAGAAUGACAGAACGCUCCCUAGUCAGGGAUGAAGAUGCACCAGCAACGGCAGCAGCAGCAGCAGCAGCAGCAGCAGCAGCAGCAGCCACGGCUGCAGCACCACCCCCAGCUGCAGCAGCUGCUGCGCCUGCUGCCGCAGGCUCCUGCUCUUCAGCAACUGACCCAGAAGCGGCUCGCGGGAGCGCCAGCAGCAGCAGCAACAGCAGCAGCUCCAACAGCAGCAACACCAACAGCAGCAGCAGCAGCAGCAGCAGCAGCAGCAGCAGCAGCAGCAGCAAGGCUGUGUGGCGGAACUUGUGCGGCACUGCCUUCAACAGCUUCGACGCUCUGCACUGCCAGCGCUGCUCCUUCUCUGGGGUGUACGUACACCUCAAGGGCAAGGGCUCAGUGCGGCUGACAAAUGUGCUGCCUUGUGGGCUGCGGCAGCAGCUAAGGAGGCUGCAUCCUGCUGCUGCUGCUGCUGCUGCUGCUGCUGCACCGGGUGGUGCUGCUGCUGGGAAGCAUGUAGCAGCGCCAGAGCCAGAGGCAGCUGCAACCACUGCAGCAGCAGCAAAGGCAGCAGCAAGCUCCGUGGCGUUGCUGCGGCAGCCCCCGGCAAAAGCACAAGCUGGUUCUGCUGCAGCAGCAGAUAAUGAAGCAGCAGCAGCAGCAGCAGCAGCAAACAGAGCUGCGCCAGCAGCAACCAGUGCUGCGGCAUCAGCAACCAGUGCUGCGGGAGCAGCACCGGCAGCAGAAACUGGCGCAGCAGCAGCAGCAGCAGCAGCACCGGGGAUGGCUCUGUCGCUGCUGCCCUACGGGGCGCUGCUGGGUUUGCUGCAGCAGCUGCUGCAGCUGUGUCUGGCGAAGUUUGGGGGCUUCCGUUGGGUGCAGGCUCGCGUGCUGCUGCUGCAGCAGCUGCUGCAGUUCAUUGCUGCUCUCUGGAGCCGCUGGGGCUGGCUGCCCCCUAUAGAGCUGCUGCUGCAGCCCCGCACUGCAGCAAGACUUCGGGACACUUUGCUGCGCUGCAACGAGCUGUCUUUGGCCUGGCGGCUGUGCAGCAGCUAUUUCCACGCAGCUCUGCUGCUGGUGCAGCAGCAGCAGCAGCAGCAGCAGCAGCAGCAGCACAGUCAGCAAAAGCAGCAGCGGAAGAUGCUCUUCCCCGCCACUGGCACGGCUGCUGCGGCUGCGCCGCCAACGGCUGCUGCUGCUGCCCACAGCCCAGCAGCCCCAGCAGCAGCGGCGGAAGACCCAGCAGCAGCAGCAGCAGCAGCAGCAGCAGCAGCAGCAGCAGCAGCAGCAGCAGCAGCAGACGACAGACUUGCAGAGACAAUCGGCACUCUGCGUUUUUAUCCUGCUCUUGAAGUCAGAGUUGUUUCUCUUUGUCGUCUUGGAAUGUUUGCUGCAGCUCGUGCUGCGCUGCACACGGCGUUAUCUCUGAAUGUGGAGCAGACUUUGCUGCAGCAGCAGCUCACCGCUGCUGCUGCUGCUGCUGCUGCUGCUGCUGAAGGGCAGCAUUCUCAGAAGCAGCAGCAGCUGCAGCAAGUGGCGGAAGCAGCUGCUUCGCAUGGCAGUGCUCUGCAGCAAAGGAUCUCUCAGCGGCAGCAGCAGCAGCUGCAGCAGCAACAGCAGCACAAGGGAUACACUUUUGCUGCUGCUGCUGCCGGGCCGCCGCUAGAAGAGCUGACCGCUUCUCUCCUGAAGGCAGCAAAACACUCUAGAGCUUCUGCCUGCUUGGGUUUCUGCCCAGUGCAGCAGCAGCAGCAGCAGCAGCAGCAGCAGCAGCAGCAUGUGGUCUAUGCUGCUGUUGCUCUUGACUGGAGCAGUCGAAGUAGCAGCAGCGGCAGCUCGACGCCUAGGGAGCUGCUGCGCUCUCUUUCUCAGCAGCAGCAGCAGCAGCAGCAGCGGCCUUGGGGACUAGCAGAGAAGCAGCUGCUGCGGCAAGUGCUGUCGCCUCUGCCUCCGCUGGAUGCUGCUGCUGUUGCUGCUGCUGCUCACCGCGGCAGUGUGCAGGCCGCAGCGAAGGACUCGACUGCAGCAGCAGCAGCAGCAGCAGCAGCAACGGACGCAAGCGGAGUUGCUGCAACACCGCUCUCUGCUGCGGCGCAAACUGGCAGCAGCAGCGGCAGCAGCAGGCGCCGCGGGGCAGGGCCUGGCUCAGCAGCAGCAGGAACAGCAGCAGCAGCAGCAGCAGCAGCAGCAGCCUCCGCGGCGUCGAGCUCUGCUGCAUCGGCGUCUCCCAGCUGCACCCCCGGGGCCUCCUCCGGGCCGUCUUCCUCGCAGCAGCAGCAGCAGCAGCAGCAGCAGCAGCAGCAGCAGCAGCAGCUGGGCAGCAGCUGCCUUGCUGCACUUGAAGCUGGCAUUCUGCAGCUGCAAGUGGCCUCCUAUUCUUGUCUUGUCUCUUUUCAAAAAGGUGUCUCUUUUUUAAUUGCUUAUCGGCGGCAGUCUGGCUUGCCUUUGCCUUGGCCAGUGGCCCCGCUGCUGCUGCCUCCAGCAGCAGCAGCAGCAGCAGCAGCAGCGGCGGCAGCAGCAGCAGCCGGCAAAUUGGGCAGCAGCAGCAGCAGCAGCAGCUUCCGGCUGCGCUUGCCGCCGCUGCCGAGGGGCCCCCUCUCUUCUGUUUCCGCUGCAGCUGCUGCUGAGCGGCGGGUUGCUGCAGCAGCAGCAGCAACGCAGCUGCAGCUGCUGCUGCCCCCCGUGCAUGCAGCGCUGCAGCUAGCCAGUGUCCCCGUGACCAGUGGUCAGUCUGUGAGUGCGGAUUUGCAGCUGCUGUGGGGGCAGCUGCGGCAGCAGCAGCUGCAGCAGCAGCUGCAGCAGCAGCUGCAAGAGCAGUUGCAGCAGCAGCAGCAGCAGCAGCAACAACAGCAGAAGCAACGCAUGCAGGAAUCGAAGUCGCCCACAGAAGGGCACAAUGACCAGCAGCAGCAGCAGCAGCAGCAGCAGCAGCAGCAGUUGCUGCGGCGCUGCCCCAGCGGAGCGCAGCCAAAGCAGUUGGGGGGCCUCCUGUUGUCUCCAAGCAGCAGCAGCAGCAGCACAUCUCCUCUUGCUGCUGCUGCUCUUGCUGCUGCUUCGCCCCACAUGCAGCUGGAGGGGGAAGGAUUCUCAGCGCAGAAGCUUGCUGCAGCAGCAGAUAAUUACUUGAAGUGCUAUUUACAGGUUCAGUGCAGCAGCAGCAGCAGCAGCAGCAGCAGCAGCAGCAACACUCCAGACAUAAGCCGCUGCGUGGCGCCAAUCGCACUCCCGCACUGCUUGAGCAGCAAACGCAACUGCAGCGAGCGCUGCAGCAACAGCAGCAGCAGCAGCAGCAGCAGCAGCAGCAGCAGCAGCAAAUCUGCAGCAGCAGUGCUUUUCCCCAUGCCUUAUCUCUGCUGCUCCGUUUGUGGGGGCCGCUGCGGCGAUUUGCCGCUGCUGCACCAGGAGCAGCAAGCCAUAGAUGCUGCGGGCGGCGCUGCGCUCCCACCGCGCGCUGCGGAGUUUGCAGCAGUGCCAUGGCCUCCAGACAGCAUGAAGCAGCUGAGGAAGCACCCAGAGGCAGCAGCAGCAGCUGCUGUUGCAGCUGCUGCUGCUGCUGCUGCUGCCGUCGCCGAUGCUGCAGUUGAAGCCGCGCGGCCAGUGCAGCAGGAGCAGCAGGAGCAGCAGCAAGCAGCAGCUGCAGCAGCAGCUGCAGCAGCAGCGGCAGGCCCAAACGAGCCCGCGUCAAAGGCAGCCGAUGCUGCAGCCGCAGGCCUUUCUGCUGCACCUCACGACAGCAGCAGCAGCAGCAGCAGCAGCAGCAGCAGCAGCAAAGAAACUGCUAGGGACAUUAGAAAAGCAAGCGCAGCUGCAGCAGCAGAGACGCGGAUGAGCAGCAGCAAGCCAGCAGCGGGAGGGCUGCGGCUGCUGCAGCUAGCAGACGAUAGGGACCUGUCUCUUGAUGAGGUUGAUGAGCAUGAUCUACAGGAGCUUCUGGAAUUGGUUGACUUGCAGCAGCAGUGCUGCUGCGCCGUGCCGAGUUGCUGCAGCAACUGGUCUUUGCUGCUGCAGCAGCAGGAGCAGAGGGUUCGCCUGUGCGUGCUGCUGCUGCUGCAACAGCAGCAGCAGCUUGCUGCUCGUGUGCUGCAGCUCUGCUGCUUAAACCCUCUUGAAGUGUAUGUACAGGCAGCACAUGUGCUAGCCAGCAAGGCCGCCACAAUUCAGCAGAUGAAGACUCUGGUGACUGCUGCGGGGAAGCACUUGUCUGCUGAUGAACUGGACUCCCUGCUGUGCAGCGCAAUAAGGGGUUGGCUUCUGCAGCAGCAGCAGCAGCAGCAGCAGCAGCAGGGGCAGCAGCAGCAGCAGCAGGGCGUGCUGCAACGAGACAGUCUGCAGGAAGCUCUAAGUCUCGUGUCUUUGCUGCGGUCGCCGUUGGCUGCAUUUGACACGCGCUUGUUCGUCGCCGGUCUGGCGCUGCAGCAGCAGCAGCAGCAGCAGCAGCAGCAGCAGCAGCUGCUGCUGCAGCACGGGGGAGCUGCUUCUUCCUUCUCAGGAAGCCAAGAACCCUCUCUAGCCCAGGAGCAGCUAAAAGUCUGCGUUGAUGUUGCUUGUGAGUUGAGAGACAAGGAGUUGCUGCAGCGGUGCAGAGAAGCAGCAGCAGCAGCAGCAGACUUGCCGCUGCAGGAGCUCAUAGCGUCCAAGCUGCUGCUGCUGCAGCCCUCCAGCAGCAGCAGCGGCAGCAGCAGCAGCAGCAGCAACAAACGCAGGCGGUAG